CCACGUGGCGGGAUCGAGCAAGCAGAUGAGACUGGGGGAGAAUGAAGCGAAGAGGCGCCGCCGACCAAUCUUCCACGCUCUUCACGUUUUUCAAACCGACGAGCUCGCCUGCAGGCGGCCGCGCUGCCGCUGAUAGUCCGACACCAAAGAAACGACAGAAGAGCUCGAGUGGCCGCGAUGGCGAGCCCCCCCAGACUCCGAGCAGGAAGAGAGCCAAUCCAGUGAAUGGCUCCGCUGGGUCUGCUUCCACCACGCCCACCUCCAGUGCUGGUUGCAAUACACCCACCUCCACUGGUCGUAAAAGACCACACCCACCAGACAGUGACAGUGAAGGAGAAAUAGGAGUUCGAAAAACGCCAGCUGGUCGGCCAAAGAGAGCGGUUGCCAUGACAUCCAGUGAGAGGCGAAGAGAGAGGGCGAAGGCUCGGAGAAAGUCGGCUGCUCUGGAGUCGGAUGAUGAAGAAGAGGAGUAUAGUCCAGAGAAAGAUGGAGAGGAGGAAGUGGACAGUGAUGAGGGGGAGAGUGAGGGUGUUGUCACUCCAGCCAAGACAAAGACACUGAAACCAGCUACCACUCCGAGAACCCCUUCCUCUCGGAAGUCCUCUGUUGUCAAGGAUACGAGCAGCACCCCC